AUGGGUGCCCUAAAAAUCCAAGAAGAUGGGAUUCGAGUGGAAGGGCGAGCACAGUUCGACAAACCGGUCACAUUUUCGCAUUUAAGCACUGCUAGA